GUUAUUAUUACUGUGCAAUAUUUUUUUUCAACUCUUUUACUCUGUAUUUUUCCAAUUCUAAAAUAUACACAGCCCAAUCCCGCCCAACAAACGGUAUUUUUCCCUCGUAUUCUCCUCUCGCUCAUCUCAAGAACACACAGUCCCGGUCUCACUCUCUCUCACCCUCUGAAAAAAAUUUAUUCUCACAGUCUCACACUUCCUAAGCCAAUCAGUCUCUCUCUCUCUCCUCUCAGUUCUCCACCGCAGAGCUAUUUGGGGUGUUUUAAGCGAUUUAGCCUCAUAAAGGACUAAAUUUGAAAGGAUCAAAGACUUCUAGGCCCACCCAAGUUUGAGGCAGCCUUGAUGUGCCAGUUGGAGGGCUAUGAGUUGCAAGCAUUAGAUACGAAAUAGAAUUCUUUGGAAUGGGGGGUUUUGGGUAAAAAAGAUAGUUGGGGAGCACCUAUUGUAUUAAAAAAGAAGAAGAAAAAAAGUAAGGAAAACCUGAGAAAGAAACAAGAGGCUGACCCUCGUCUCAUCUCCUCUUGUGUCAGUUUGUUAGUCUUAUUCAUGGAGCAGUCGCUAUCAGUUAAUGAGAAACCGAAGGCUAGACCCACACCAAAACGCUUUGUGAAGAACCAAAUCCCGGACUCCAUCCUUAAUGACCCAGCUCUCAACGCCGCCAUUGCCCUCCUCCCCUCUAACUACAACUUUGAGGUCCAUAAGUGCGUGUGGCGAGUACUCUCCACGGGCGCCAAGCGCCUAGCCCUCCAAUUGCCUGAAGGCCUCCUCAUGUAUUCCCUCGUCCUCUCUGACAUCUUUACCUCCUUCGCCUCCAUCUCCCACUGCUUCGUCCUUGGUGAUGUCACCUAUGGUGCGUGUUGUGUUGACGACCUCGCUGCCUCGGCCCUUGGUGCUGACCUCCUCAUCCAUUAUGGCCACAGUUGCCUGGUCCCCAUCGACUCCACCUCCAUCCCCUGCCUUUACGUCUUCGUUGACAUCCAGAUUGACACGAGUCGCCUGCUCCAGACCCUCAAGCUUAAUCUACCCACCACCACAACAUUAUUCCUCGCUGGUACCAUCCAAUUUGCCUCUGCUAUCCGGGCCAUCAAGCCCGACUUGGAGAAAAUUGGAUUCCGUGUCUCAAUUCCGCAAUCCAAGCCAUUAUCAGCAGGUGAGGUUCUUGGUUGCACUGCACCAAGAGUCCCUAAGAUUGAAGGUGAGGAUAAGGCCAUAGUGUUUGUGGCAGAUGGGCGGUUUCAUUUGGAAGCGAUUAUGAUAGCGAACCCGGAAAUUAAGGCAUUUCGGUAUGAUCCUUAUUUGGGAAAGUUAUUAUUGGAGGAGUAUGAUCAUAAGGGGAUGAAGGAGUCAAGGAGGGACGCAAUUUUGAAGGCCAGGGAGGCCAAGAGUUGGGGCAUUGUGUUGGGGACUCUAGGGAGGCAAGGGAAUCCUAGGAGUCUUGAGAGGUUGGAGGCCAAAAUGAGAGAGAAGGAUUUGGAUUAUACAGUUGUUUUGAUGUCGGAGAUUAGCCCAGGGAGGGUAGCGUUGUUUGAGGACUCUGUGGAUGCUUGGAUCCAAAUUGCAUGUCCUAGGUUGUCCAUUGACUGGGGUGAUGCCUUUAAAAAGCCGCUCUUAACUACAUUUGAGGCAGAGAUUGCACUCAGGUUUAUACCAGGUUGGUGGGAGAAGAACUUGGCAGUGAAUUCAUUGGGAUGCAUGAAAAAUGACAAGUGUUGUGGGGGUGAGAAUGGGGAUUAUCCAAUGGAUUAUUAUGCUCAGGAUGGUGGGGAGUGGAAUUCCACUUAUUUGAAGAAGAAUCCGUCUCGCCCUGUGCGGAGAAAUGUCUGAAACUUCUACAGGCCAUGUUGCUGUAAUGCUUUGAUUUGAUUCACCACUUGCAGUUUUGAUCUGGUGUUAAUGGUUUAGUUAUAAAUUCUAUGUUUAUUGAUUCAUGUGUAAAAUAGUAUGAUGUGUUUUAGCCAGCAUGAUUUCUGUAAUAAAUAGUUUCAGAAAUUGGGUACCAAAUGUCCCUAAUUGGUUCUUGUC